CUACUUCCGUGCUAGUGCUGACGCGACGCUAGCCUUUUCAAACCCGCUGUUACUACUACGUGUCAUUCCUCUUUCCUGUGAAGACCCCGGAGAGAUCGGCUCACCCCGCACAAACCAUGGCACCCAAAGGCAGCAGCAAGCAACAGUCCGAGGAAGACCUUCUCCUCCAGGACUUCAGCAGAAACCUGUCGGCCAAAUCGACGGCUCUCUUCUACGGCAAUGCGCUGAUCGUGUCCGCCAUACCCAUCUGGCUGUUCUGGAGGAUCUGGCAUAUGGACCUGGUCCAGUCUGCAGUGUUGUAUGCUGUGAUGACUUUGGUCAGCACAUACCUCGUUGCCUUUGCCUACAAAAACGUCAAAUUUGUCCUCAAACACAAGGUCGCCCAGAAGAGGGAGGACGCUGUUUCCAAGGAGGUGACGAGGAAGCUGUCUGAGGCUGACAACCGCAAGAUGUCCCGCAAGGAGAAGGAUGAGAGGAUCCUGUGGAAGAAGAACGAAGUGGCCGAUUACGAAGCCACAACCUUCUCCAUCUUCUACAACAACACCCUCUUCCUGGUGCUCGUCAUCGUCGCCUCCUUCUUCCUGCUCAAGAACUUCAACCCCACCGUUAACUACAUCCUGUCAAUCAGCGCCUCCUCCGGCCUGAUCGCUCUGCUGUCCACCGGAUCUAAGUAAACCAACUACCGAAGAACAAGAGCAAAUAAACAACUCUGGGGAGGGGGGAGGGAGGGAGGAAUCAGUCCCAGGGGGAAGCAAGGAUAUUCAGUAUUCACGUUUAAAUUGGGUAGGCUUCGGUGGGCAGGUGGGGUAGAAAAAUACAUCACAUUUAAUCAUGAAAUCCAUUAUCAUCAAAUAUCUGGAGGCUGUCUCCAGGUUUGUCUGUCUGUUUUUUUGUACCAAUAAAAGUGGCCAAGUUUGAUCCUCA